AUGAAAAUCACAAUAAUUCUAACUUCUGAUAAAUGGGUUAAUGAAUAUUAUCAGUUAACAAAAAAAGUGUUAUCUGUGCUUUGCAUAUCAAUAGCAAUAUACUAUCUGGAAUUUGAAAUCUCGAGUAACGUUGGGCAUCACGUUCGUAGUAGUAAUAGGGUUCGCGCUUUUCUUGGGCAUCACGUUCGUAGUAGUAAUAGGGUUCGCGCUUUUCUUGGGCAUCACGUUCGUAGUAGUAAUAGGGUUCACGUUUGUCAUAGUAGUAAUAGGCAUCGGCAUCACGUUUGUCGUAGUAGUAAUAGGCAUCGGCAUCACGUUUGUCGUAGUAGUAAUAGGCAUCGGCAUCACGUUUGUCGUAGUAGUAAUAGGCAUCGGCAUCACGUUUGUCGUAGUAGUAAUAAGGUUUGGCAUCACGUUCGUAGUAGUAAUAGGGUUCACGUUUGUCGUAGUAGUAAUAGGCUUCGGCAUCACGUUUGUCGUAGUAGUAAUAUGGUUUAG